AUGGCGGACGAUGCGGACGGAUCAAGCCAUGUUGCGGAGCCCUUGGACCUUGUGCGCCUGCUCCUCAACGAAGUCGUGUUUGUCAAGCUCCGGGGUGAUAGAGAGCUCAAGGGCAAGCUUCAUGCCUACGACAGCCACUGCAACCUGGUGCUAGGUGAGGUUGAGGAGACCAUCUAUGGCGUUGACGAGGAUGAGGAUGAGGAAGAGGCCAAGACCAUCAGCCGCAAGUCUGAGAUGCUUUUCGUUCGAGGUGACAGCGUCGUUCUUAUUUCCCCGCAGGUCCCAUUCUGA